ACCUGGACGUCCAGGGCUUCCUGGUGCUGAUGGCUUGCCAGGCCCGCCCGGGACAAUGCUGAUGCUGCCGUUCCGGUUCAGCGGGGGAGGAGACAGCAGCUCCAAAGGGCCCCUGGUCUCUGCCCAGGAGUCCCAAGCGCAAGCCAUCCUGCAGCAGGCAAGACUGGCUUUGAGGGGACCGGCGGGCCCAAUGGGACUGACUGGGAGACCAGGCCCCAUGGGACCCCCAGGCGGUGGAGGAAUCAAAGGUGAACCGGGAGAUAUGGGGCCUCAGGGUCCACGAGGGGUACAAGGCCCUCCGGGUCCAUCAGGGAAACCAGGACGCCGGGGACGGGCUGGCAGCGAUGGUGCUCGAGGGAUGCCAGGCCAAACAGGACCAAAGGGUGACCGAGGUUUUGAUGGCCUGGCUGGGUUGCCUGGGGAAAAGGGGCACAGGGGUGAUCCUGGUCCCUCAGGUCCUCCAGGAGCCCCAGGUGAAGAUGGGGAAAGGGGUGACGACGGAGAAGUUGGACCUAGAGGUCUCCCCGGCGAACCUGGUCCCCGUGGUUUGCUUGGACCAAAGGGACCUCCAGGGCCACCAGGACCUCCGGGCAUUGCUGGGAUGGAUGGACAGACUGGCCCUAAGGGGAACGUGGGUCCUCAAGGUGAGCCUGGACCACCAGGUCAACAGGGAAGUCCAGGCGCUCAGGGUCUUCCUGGUCCUCAAGGUCCAAUUGGAGCCCCAGGAGAUAAAGGUCCCCUGGGAAAACCUGGCCUUCCUGGUAUGCCUGGAGCAGAUGGUCCCCCGGGCCACCCUGGCAAAGAAGGGCCUCCUGGUGAGAAGGGGACCCAGGGUCCAGCCGGCCCUCAGGGUCCAAUUGGGUAUCCCGGUCCACGUGGAGUGAAGGGAGCUGACGGCAUCCGUGGCUUGAAAGGAACAAAGGGCGAGAAGGGUGAAGAUGGCUUCCCAGGAUUCAAAGGCGACAUGGGCAUUAAAGGCGACAGGGGUGAAAUUGGCCCUCCUGGUCCUCGUGGUGAGGAUGGGCCAGAAGGCCCGAAAGGUCGCGGUGGUCCCAAUGGAGAACCUGGUCCACUAGGUCCUGCUGGAGAAAAGGGAAAGCUUGGUGUUCCUGGCCUGCCAGGAUACCCUGGAAGACUUGGCCCCAAGGGUUCCAUCGGAUUCCCGGGGUUCGCAGGAGCCAACGGAGAGAAAGGAGGACGGGGCACUCCUGGCAAACCUGGGCCGAGAGGACAACGAGGUCCCACGGGUCCCCGAGGAGAACGCGGCCAGCGAGGCAUCACAGGGAAACCUGGUCCAAAGGGCAAUUCUGGUGGAGAUGGACCUCCAGGACCUCCAGGGGAAAGGGGGCCUCCGGGGCCUCAAGGACCAACGGGAUUUCCGGGACCAAAAGGCCCUCCGGGUCCUCCAGGAAAAGAUGGAUUGCCAGGCCAUCCUGGACAGAGAGGUGAAACGGGUUUCCAAGGCAAGACGGGUCCACCCGGACCUCCAGGUGUUGUUGGCCCCCAGGGCCCCACAGGAGAAACAGGUCCGAUGGGUGAACGUGGCCAUCCGGGCCCCCCAGGGCCCCCUGGUGAACAGGGACUUCCUGGCUUGGCUGGAAAAGAAGGAACAAAGGGUGACCCAGGCCCCGCCGGUUUGCCCGGGAAAGACGGCCCACCAGGCUUCAGAGGCUUCCCCGGUGACCGAGGACUCCCCGGCCCAAUUGGGCCUGUGGGGCUGAAGGGCAACGAAGGACCCCCGGGACCUCCUGGUCCAGCAGGCUCCCCAGGGGAGCGAGGUCCUGCAGGAGCAGCUGGCCCAAUCGGUCUGCCAGGACGCCCUGGACCCCAAGGGCCCUCUGGUCCUGCGGGUGAGAAAGGAACCCCGGGUGAGAAAGGCCCUCAAGGCCCAGCCGGACGAGAUGGCAUCCAAGGCCCAGUUGGACUUCCAGGCCCCGCAGGUCCUGUUGGCCCCCCAGGGGAGGAUGGAGACAAGGGUGAAAUUGGUGAACCAGGACAGAAAGGAAACAAAGGUGACAAAGGAGAACAGGGUCCACCAGGUCCCAUCGGUCCACAGGGCCCAAUUGGCCAACCAGGUCCAGCGGGAGCUGAUGGAGAACCUGGCCCACGAGGGCAACAAGGACUUUUUGGUCAGAAAGGUGAUGAAGGGCCAAGAGGAUUUCCUGGCCCUCCAGGUCCAGUUGGGUUGCAGGGCUUACCUGGACCUCCAGGUGAAAAGGGGGAAACUGGAGAUGUUGGUCAAAUGGGCCCUCCAGGUCCUCCUGGACCCAGAGGCCCAGGAGGACCCCCUGGAGCUGAUGGGCCACAAGGUCCAUCAGGUGGGAUUGGAAAUCCUGGAGCCGUUGGUGAAAAGGGAGAACCUGGAGAAGCAGGAGAGCCUGGCCUGCCUGGAGACUCUGGACCACUAGGUCCUAAAGGAGAGAGAGGGGAAAAAGGUGAAGCAGGCCCUUCUGGGGCUGCUGGCCCCCCAGGCCCAAAAGGUCCCCCAGGAGAUGAUGGUCCCAAAGGGAGCCCGGGUCCAGUUGGCUUUCCAGGCGAUCCAGGCCCUCCAGGUGAACCUGGUCCAGCUGGUCAGGAUGGUCCAGCAGGUGAUAAAGGAGAUGAUGGUGAACCUGGCCAAACUGGCUCCCCUGGUCCAACUGGAGAGCCAGGCCCUUCAGGCCCACCAGGGAAGAGGGGGCCGCCUGGACCAGCAGGACCUGAAGGCCGUCAAGGAGAGAAAGGUGCUAAGGGUGAAUCAGGUUUGGAAGGACCUCCUGGGAAAACGGGUCCUGUUGGUCCUCAGGGACCUCCAGGAAAGCCAGGUCCAGAUGGACUACGGGGAAUACCUGGCCCAGUGGGUGAGCAAGGACUUCCAGGUUCGCCAGGCCCAGAUGGACCUCCUGGCCCGAUGGGUCCACCUGGUUUACCUGGCCUGAAAGGCGAUUCAGGUCCAAAGGGAGAAAAGGGUCAUCCUGGACUGAUUGGUCUAAUUGGGCCUCCUGGUGAGCAAGGAGAAAAGGGAGAUCGAGGACUGCCAGGACCUCAAGGAGGAUCAGGGGCUAAAGGAGAACAGGGUAUCACAGGUCCCUCUGGUGCACUUGGCCCUCCUGGUCCUCCAGGGCUGCCGGGUCCCCCUGGUCCAAAAGGUGCUAAAGGAUCUUCUGGGCCAACGGGUCCAAAGGGCGAAAAUGGUCAUCCUGGCCCACCAGGGCCUCCUGGUCCUCCAGGAGAAGUAAUCCAACCCCUUCCAAUCCAGUCCUCCAAGCGGACCCGGAGAAACAUCGAUGCCAGCCAGCUGAUGGAUGAUGUCAAUUCCGACAAUUACGUGGACUAUGCCGAUGGCAUGGAGGAGAUUUUUGGCUCCUUAAACUCUCUGAAACUGGAAAUUGAGCAGAUGAAACAUCCCUUAGGCACCCAGCACAAUCCAGCUCGUACUUGCAAGGAUCUGCAACUCUGUCACCCAGAUUUCCCAGACGGAGAAUAUUGGGUAGACCCAAAUCAAGGCUGUUCCCGGGAUUCCUUCAAAGUUUACUGUAAUUUUACUGCUGGUGGGGAAACUUGCAUCUUCCCAGAUAAGAAGUCCGAGGGAAGCAAAAUGGCCCGUUGGCCCAAAGAACAGCCAGCCACAUGGUACAGUCACUACAAGCGGGGGUCUUUGCUCUCCUACGUGGAUUCUGACGGCAACCCCAUUGGAGUGGUGCAGAUGACCUUCCUGCGGCUUCUGAGUGCAUCCGCUCACCAAAACGUCACCUACAACUGCUUCCAGUCUGUGGCGUGGCACGAUGCCACCGUGGGCAACUACGAGAAGGCCAUCCGUUUCCUGGGCUCUAAUGAUGAAGAGAUGUCCUAUGACAACAACCCUUUCAUCAGGGCGGUUCUUGACGGCUGUGCAGCAAAGAAGGGCUAUCAAAAGACAAUCUUAGAAAUCAACACACCCAAAGUUGAGCAAGUCCCCAUUGUUGACAUCAUGUUCAAUGACUUUGGGGAAGCGUCUCAGAAGUUUGGAUUUGAGGUGGGACCGGCUUGCUUCAUGGGCUGAGGGCCACUCAGAAGACUUGUCUCCAAAAGAGCAACUUCGUAACCUCAUUGCGCCUUCUAUUUUUGGCUACUUUUUUUUUUUCGUCAUCACGUGCACGUUCUGAAACUGGACAGUUUGAUGGGUUUGUUUUUUAAUUGUUCUCCUGUUUACCCUGAAUGUCAACUUUGCCACAAGACCCCAACCCCGUUGAAGCCCCAGUCAAAAACAGGACCAUGCCCACCACAGACUCCAGAAUCACAUGACCUAAAGCAUCUCCGAUUGGCCAAAGCAAUCUUUUCCUUCUUUGCUAUGCAUCUUCUUGGAGACCAUCAAAGGGCUCAGCUCUUGCGCUUGAAUGUAUGCCUCUUUCUCGAAAUCAGAAACAUUCCGGCAUGAGACUCUGCCAACGCGGUUUCAUCUGCUUUCACUUCAGCAGCUUCUCUGCGUCUGAUGGAAGACUUUCCAGCGAUAAUCCAGUUUCCCAUCCCUGGGAAGUCCUGAAAACACCAGAGAAAACCAUCAGCCAGGCAAUUCAGCCAACGUCUUAUCUCUGUACAGAAAUAUGGACUAAGAACUCUGAAAAACCCUUCUAGUUUGGAUUCUAUUCUUUGCUGGGGUUUCUCUCAGAACCUAGAUGGAACAUCGCCACCCCCAGAAACAUUGAUCUGGUCUUCUUUCCUGGUUAGUUCAUAAAAGAAACCACAGAAACCAACAACAUUUAAAAAUGCCAGGUUCUGACUGUAUACCCCAUAUGAUAAAGGUGCUUCUAUUUUUGUAUUUUGUAAGUAAAUAUUUGUAUAUUAUUAUAUUAAAUAUUAAAUGUUUCUGGGUUCAAAACAUGCAUGUGAUUCACCCAUGCCCACUGGUAAUUUAACGAGCAACCUUUCUCACCAGCGUCCAAGACACCUGCUGAGACCAAAGUAGGAAUAAGCAACGCUCAGGAAGCAGGUUCCCUCAGAGAAAAGUGCCCCCCCCGAAUGCCGUCAGCCUUAGAACUGAGGUGCCAUAGCUUUGCAGGCAUCCAAGCAAACGGGAUUGAAAUUAACUAUCUGCCUGAACACUGGGGGAAUCGAGGCAGGCGCGUCUCCAAACAAAGGAAAAACGGGUGCGAGGGUGAGGGCGCCUUUGCUGCCAAAUACACCAGCAGUUUCCUUCUAAGAGUUUUGAUUUUUGUCAGCUCUGACAAGCAGUAAAGAUUUAUGGCCAGCUCCCACCCCCCACCCCCCGCCCCCUCAUUCUUCGGGCUUUACCUAGUGCAAUGUACAGGUUUGUUUUUAAAAAAUACCUUUUACCAAGAAAAUCUUUUUCCCCUCAAACUUCUACUUCAAUUCAGAGGGCUCUAUAUGGCAGGGAGACUCAUU